UGAUUACAAUUCUUUCGUAUUAAUAGGUGUCAGAAAGUCUCGGUAUUGGCAAAGUUUAAUAAUUGUUUAAUUUGUAAACUCAUUUGAACUAAUUUAAAAGCCCUUAUAAACGACCCCUAUCGCUGUCUCUUGCACAAAAAGUUGAUAGUUGUUGGACAUUAAUCAAUUUAAAUAGAUUUUGUAUUUUGACAAAGCUGUUACCCGCAACCGCAAGCAAUUUUGUUGUUGGCAAAAUGACUUUGCCUAGGGAAUAUUAGCCCGUUUGAAAUGCUGGCAAGAAAAAGUUCUAGUUCUUUUGUUUGUUUAUAAAUACCUAAAAAUUGUAUUGCAAGCAUAAAAAACCCACGUAUCCCAAAGCUAUGGACAAAAACGUAGAAGAACUGGAAAAAUGGGGCUUUCCAUUACUUGAGCUAUAUAGAAUGGCCCUACAAUUUUACAAACAAAACUCUGGAAAAGCUAUACAUUUGUCUUAUGAGGAUAAUCUUAAAUUAAUAGCCUUUAAACAGCAAGCCUCAUGUGGACCCUUCGAUCCCAAGGAUGCUCCCGAAUUGGGUGUGCUCGAUGUAAUUGGCAAGGAUCGUCGCAUGCACUGGCAAAUGUUGGGCAAUAUUAACCGUGAACAGGCCAUGGAGGGCUUUAUCGAUUUGCUGGAGUCCAUGUGUAGUGCAUUCCGUCCAUAUGUGGAAGCGGUGAGAAAGAAUCGCGAUGAAACUCUCAAGGAAGAACUAAAACGUAUGGAAAGGGAAAAACAAGAAAAAGAGCAAAAGGAACGAGAACAACAAGAGCUAUUGGAGGAGGGCUACAAGGAAGAAAUGCAGCGACGGCAACUACAGGACGCACUAAAUAAACAAACAUAUCAACAGUUUAAGACAUAUGCUGAAAAACAAUUCCCCGGUAACCCGGAACAACAGGCUGUUCUAAUACACCAACUGCAACAAGAACACUACCACCAAUAUAUGCAGCAGCUGCAUAUGCAAAAUCAUAAUAACGCCUCGGAAAAUAAUGGCACCAACAAUAAUUCCACAGCGGCAACGAGAGAUAUGGCAGAUAUCAGUUCAAGUGCUGCCCAGCCAAAUACUGAUGAAUUGAAUAAAGACUUGGCCAAAUUAUCCAUGGAGGGCCAACAACAAACGGAAGACCAGCAUCAUCUGCAAGGUCAUAAUGAAGAUGGCGAUGAUUAUGUGCUUAUACAGCCGGCAAAAAUAUGGACAAGACCCGACAUUGAAGAUUUCAAAGUUGAAGUUUCUGCCGGCGAUGGAGAUGGCGUCAUAACUAUUGGACAUGGAGAUACCGUAACAGUACGUGUUCCCACAAAUCUUAAUGGCAAAUCCAUAUUUUGGGAAUUUGCCACCGACAGCUAUGACAUUGGCUUUGGUAUCUAUUUUGAGUGGAGCAAACCGGUAACUCAGGAGGUUACCGUGCAUGUCAGCGAUAGUGAUGAUGAUGACGAAUUUCUGGACGAGGAUUAUUUAUCGACCAAUGAGGAUCUGGAAUGUGGCUCGAUGGCCAAUGAUCGCAGCAACUUAAAUAAUUCCCCCCUAAAACCCCCAAUUUCUAUUAUCGUUCCCAUUUACCGGCGUGAAUGUUUCAAUGAGGUAUACGUUGGUUCACACACAUAUCCCGGCGAGGGUGUGUAUCUGCUAAAAUUCGAUAACAGCUAUAGCAUAUGGCGAUCCAAAAAAUUGUAUUAUCGUGUUUAUUAUGAACGUUGAAAACACACAAACACACAUAUAAACUGUUAGAUUUUAGGCCUCAACAUACCAUUUUGUUUUGUAAUUCGUGCAUUAUAUAGUUCCAAUAUACCUAUAUGCUAUUAUUACAUGAAGAUUAUUAUUAUUAUUAUUGGAUAAUCUGUAUUUAUUAUUAUAUUUUAUAAAUUGCUAUUUGACAAAAUGCAUUAAAACAUUUGCAUUCGUGUAAAAGUGUUUCUCAACUGUAAGAACAAUAAAUAUUUUCAUUAUCGUUCAUAACUUGUCCAUAUGUCUGCGGCAUAUACUAAACGGAUCAAUAAACAUUAACCAAGACUA